AUGCGCUCAGCACUCACGAGAACCGCCCUCGCCAGGCCGGUCACUUCUCUCCUCCUCCUCCCCCGACAGACAGCCUUCCUCCCCACGAUACGAUUCUCCUCCACCGAGACCUCCCCCGCGACGGAGACAUCCAAGACGAGAUCCUACACAGUCGGCCUGACAAACUCAAACUCUUACCCGGUGUACAAGCACGACAAGGCCGCGGGAUCCUCCAAAUUCACCAUUGUCAAGAAGAUUGAGGGAAACAACAAGGCUCUGGUCCAGGACCUCGUGCAGGAACUCGGCGUGCCCAAGGAGAACGUCAAGAUCAACCCCGUGACGAAACAUAUUGAAAUCAAGGCGCGUUUCCAUACUUCUUCUUCUUCUCCCGAACACAUAAGCCUAAAUCUAUAUCCCCCCUUCUCCAAACCAGUCAUUCGUAAAAAUUAA